AUGCCCCCAGCGAAGAAGCGCAAGACUAGAGCCGCCGCCGAGCGAGCAGAAAAAUCAAACGACGGGCCCGAUAUUUCUAAGGCUGAUUCUGCGCUUCCUCAACAAGAGCCGGUUUCAGCAGCUCCAACCACACCCACACAAACAGAGCCCUCCUCCGCAUCUUCAGCCGCAGAUGCCGCUGCAAAAGCGAAAGAGCGCGCGGAGCGUUUCAAAGCUCUCCAAGCACGCGCCAAAACAGGCGCUCAGAAGAACUUAAAGGAGGCAACGUUGGAGUCACAACGCCUAGCUACCGAUCCCAAUCUCCUCACAUCUCUAAACCGCAAAGCAACAAUCGCGCAACAUAAUCUUAUGAAAGCCGAUGCCGAAGUAGCAGGCGAAGACUUCGAAAGAAAGAGAGCAUGGGACUGGACUAUUGACGAAAGCGAAAAAUGGGACAAGCGGUUGAAGAAGAAAGAUGCACAUAGAGACGACCAGGCAUUCCAGGAUUACAGACAAGAUAGCAGGAAGGUGUAUAAGCGGCAGUUACGGAAUUUGAAGCCGGAUAUGGAUAAUUAUGAGAAGGAGAAGAUGAAGGCGGUUGAAAAGGCUGCUGCAUCCGGCGGACUGGAGAUUGUUGAGACUGAUGACGGGGAACUAGUUGCUGUGGACAAAGACGGCACAUUUUAUUCCACUGCUGAUUCGACUGGGUUUGUAGAACAUAAACCACCGAAAGAUGCUAUUGAUAGGUUGGUUAAAGACCUACAACAAGCUGAGGAGGCGAGGUUGAAGAAGAGAAGAGAGCGGAUGGGGCAGAGUGAUGAUGGUGAUGUUACCUACAUCAAUGAGAAGAACAAAACGUUCAACCAGAAGCUGGCGAGGUUUUACAAUAAGUAUACCGCCGAGAUCCGGGACAGUUUCGAACGUGGUACGAUGAUAUGA